AUGCGUUGGACCGACGAGAACGAACAGCUCCUCUGGAAGCUCAUCUUCGAAACCCAAACCAUCACCCUCGACCUCGACAAGGUCUCUCAGGCAUGGCCCGGAGAUGACAAGCCUACCCCCAAGGCGAUCGAAAGACACUUGGACAAAUACCGCAAGAGCGGAAGUGGAGUCAGCUUCCAGAAAGGCCAGCAGAAGCGAGCUGACACCGAAGCCGGGCCGGCGACUCCUCACAAGAAACGCAAGAAGGCGGCCAAGAGCCCCAAGGCUGGCAAGGACAAGGAGGAGGAUAAGGAGCCUGCUGCUGCUGCUGCUGCGGGCGAGGAAGAGUGA